GGGAGUAAAAUUAGACUCGUGUGGACCUCGGAGCGUCUGGCUGCCCUUUUAACUCGGCAGAGCGACGCUUUUCCCGGCUGCGGCGCAGCUCCGGCGUGCAGAGAGGAAUGGCACGAGAGACAGCCACGGGCGAUACCAACUCCCGAUGCUUCCAGGGGGGGAACUGGGAGCUGUGCGGGAUUCUCCGCAGGAAUUGUCUCAAAAACGAUCAAAACUCAAGUUUUUCCUGAGAUAUUAUCGCUCAUAAAGUUCACACAACGUCCCAAACCAAGUAUAGCGGUGACUAAAACACCCAGAAGUGAUUCCCCGAGAUCCCGAUUCUCCCCGCCUCCCGCGUCCCUCUCCGAGUCUGGAUCCCCGGCUGCGCUGGAGCGCAGGCGGCGGCAGAGCGGUUGUCGGCGGCGGAGGCUCAUGUUUCCCCCCGAACUCCUCUAAGUUUCAUCGAAGUUCAGAUUUCUGUCCUUCUUCUCGAAAUAAACCGGCUGGGAUUAACCUCAUCUGUUGGAAUAAACACUUUCGCCGGGUGAACGUGAAAGCUCUGGGCUCGGGUCCUCAUGCCCCACCCCGACGGCGCCGCCCGGCCCUCUGAGCCCGCAGUCGCGUCUCCUCUGGGCUGCAGCUGAAGCGAACCGGACCGGUCCCGCGGGGGCAGAAGCGGGUCGCCCCAGGGCCCAGAGCCCCCCCACAGUGAGCCAGAGCUGCCACACGAAGAUGAACAGACUGAGCUUCCACAACAACAAAACCAUGCAGGACCGCCGCUGUGUCUGUGUCUUUCUGCCCAACGACGACACGCAGCACAUCAUCGUCGACGUGAAGACCUUGUGUCAGGAGCUGUUGGUGCAGGUGUGUGACCUCCUCCACCUGAAGGACUGUCACCUGUUUGGACUGAGCGUCAUUCAGAAUAACGAACACGUGUACAUGGAGCUGGACCAGAAGCUGUCCAAGUACUGCCCCAAGGAGUGGAAGAAGGAAGCCAGCAAGGGAAUCGAUCAGUUCGGACCUCCGAUGAUCAUCCACUUCAGAGCCCAGUACUACGUGGAGAACGGGAGGCUGAUCAGCGACCGCGUGGCCAGGUACUACUACUACUGGCACCUGAGGAAGCAGGUGCUGCUGUCCCAGUGCAUCCAGAGGGAGGAGGCCUACUUCCUGUUGGCGGCCUUCGCUCUGCAGGCCGACCUGGGAAACUUCAAACGCAGCAAACACUUCGGGAAAUACUUCGAACCUGAAGCCUACUUCCCUCAGUGGGUGAUCGCCAAGCGCGGCCGCGACUACAUCCUGCGGCACAUCCCCAACAUGCACCGGGACCAGUUCGCCCUCACCGCCUCGGAGGCGCACCUCAAGUACAUAAAGGAGUGCGCCCAGCUGGACGACGUCACCGUCCACUACUACAGACUCUACAAGGACAAAAAGGAAGUGGAAGCUUCUCUGACUUUAGGGCUGACUCUACGUGGAAUUCAGAUAUUUCAGAACGUCGGCUCGGUCCGGCAGCUCCUCUACGAUUUCCCCUGGACCAACGUGGGGAAGCUCAUCUUCGUGGGGAAGAAGUUCGAGAUCCUUCCCGACGGCCUUCCCUCGGCGCGGAAGCUCAUCUACUACACCGGCUGCCCGGCGCGCUCCCGCCACCUCCUGCAGCUGCUGAGCAACAGCCACCGGCUCUACAUGAACCUGCAGCCGGUGCUGAAGCAGGUCCGCCGGCUGGAGGAGAACGAAGAGAAGAAGCAGUACCGCGAGUCCUACAUCAGCGACGCUCUGGACCUGGACCUGGACCACCUGGACAAGCGGUGCCGGGCCAGCGGCAGCAGCGCCGGCAGCGUCUCUCAGCACAAGCGUCUGUUCCGCCACUCCACCACGAGCCACGGCAGCUCCCACACCUCCGGCAUCGAGAGCGACAGCUUCCGGGCCCCCGGCCAGCCCCCACACCGGCCCCUGAGGACCUGCAGCUCCUCCACCACCAGCCACGCCAGCUCCCACACCUCCGGCUUCGAGAGCAGCAGCAAGGAGCGCGCCAUCGACGACGACGCAGAGAUCGAGAUGCUGGUGGACGACCCCAAAGACUACGAGGAGCUCCACGAGAUGAGUCUGGAGCCAGAACUCUGCAUCCACAUCACCGAGGACAUGCUGACCAUGUCUCCUGACCACACCAACGGAUACUCAGGUUUGAUCGUCAAAGACGUGGGCUCCUCCACCUCCAGCUCCUCGGAGACCGUCGUGAAGAUGAGAGGACAGAGCAUCGAGUCUCUGCCGCAGACCUCCGCCUGCAGGAAGCCUCAGUCCUCCGCCGACCGCCACAGCCAGUCGCUGGACGACAUCCGGCUGCACCACAAGGACUGCCAGCAGUGGGCGGAGCUCUGCCAGGACACCGCCCACAGCUACACGUUCGGCUGCGCUCAGGAGCUGAGCGACAGCGGCAGCCACCACGGCCAGGCCGAGCAGCGGGCCGGCGUUCACGGCGAGCAGCCAAUCAAGAGAACCAACAAGUACUUCUCUCUGGACCUGACGAGCGACGAGGUUCCCGAGUUCGUGGUGUGACGGACAGAGACGAGAGGCGGCCUCAGGGCGGUGGCGUGCUGCCCUCGCACAUGUGAGGGUGUUUUACGGGCCGGACGCGUGGAGCGGACACGACCGAGUCCACCGGAAGAUCCUGAACUUCCAUGAGAAGGAUUUCUGUCUGAACCGCGUCUGAACUUCUGGCAACCGGAACAGAAACCAUGUGACUCGACUCUGAGCUGCAAACCAAAGAAAUCCGGCGGGGAUGGAGGACGCCUCCUCGCUCCUGCAGCCCCUCCCCCACGCCGCCGUGCCUUCUUCACUCUAUGCAGGAACGCUCGACAAUCAUGCACUCACCUGGAGUUUAAGCCAUCGCUGCGUCCCGGACAUUCUGGACAUCGCGCCGCAUCGGAGCUCUUCUGCUGCUCCGAGGAAUCAGGUUUCCUAGCCGGAAGGAGCUGCCGUACGGUCAGACGUCUGCCGUAUGGUGACACCUCUGCCUUUUGGUGAGACAUCUGCCGUACUGCAGCGUCCAAACAGACUUUGGCGUAUCUCAAAGCAAACCCGUUCCACUCCUGCGUUCCGGUUGUUUCCGCUUUGUUCCAGAGAUUUGAAGCGUUUUUUGUUGGUUUACCGGAGUUGGUCUGUCAGUGUUACUGGAGGUCACAGUGUUUUUGCUCCGAUCAACUUACAGAUCUCCCAGUUUCCUGGAGAUCCGGCGUCUUCCUGCGUCAAAAAUGUCCUGAAUGAACUCGGAAAAUGUUUUAAACCGAAGAGCACAAAAGAAAAAACAGAAAAUAAGAUGAAGCUUAAAAAGCAUCAGGCACUCCUCGGGCAGCUCUCUGCUGUUGCCAUGGAAACGUCACUUCGGAUGAGCUUGGUGCUUUUUCCUGCAUUAACUGUAAUCCUGCUGACGAACAAAUUGCGCCCCCUAGUGUUCAGCUAAAGAAAACAAGACUAAAAUGUUGUAAUUUACACUUUUUUAAUUCCAUUUUUUUUAAAUAACACAAGAAUAAAAGUAUCAGAAAAUGAAUUUCGGGUUAAAAUUAGAGUUCAUCAGACUGUGGUGGACUCAGAUAUGAUUGUUUCUGUUUUUAAAAACAUGUUAAUGACGGAUUUCAUGAUUUUAACAAAACCACAAGAGCGUUUUCUUUAAAAUCUUAUGAACAAACAAACCUUUGGAGACGUUUUUGUUCUGACGGCGAUCAACCGUCACUGAUUCUCAUUAUCCAGACGCAUCCGCCGGAUAAAACUACUGAAGAUUCAAACUUUAACAAAAGUCUUAAUUAUCAGAGCAAAAUGAAGCUUUAGGUCACAGCGCCCUCUGCUGGCUGCUGCUGGCACUUCCAGGUUAUCUUUAUAAGGUGCAUUUAUUCCAGCUGCAUGUUAUUUACGUUUUCUCAUUAUUUGAGUUUCUGUUUUCUUUAUUUUUGUCAGAAUAAUAAGCAGAUUUAGAGCCGAAUUCUGUAAACGUUCGAAACUCUCAAACUUUUAUCUGUUGGAGUCAAAAAAAAAAGAUGAAACAUGAAUUCAGUCGAGUUUGUUUUUUGUUUCUUGAACUAAGAAACUCAAACUUGUUCGAUUUAUAACGUUAAGAUUUUUUUUAAUUGUUGUGAAAAAUUCAACUUUUCCUACAAAAAUGACCAGGAAAGCAAUAACAUGUUUUCUCCGUCUUUUGUUCAGAAUACAGAUUUUUUAAACCAAACGUUAAAACUUAAACAUUUGUCUAUUUAAAGGCGUUUUUGUAUUUCCUGCCGUUUGUGGUGAUCGAGUGACGCCGUUCGUCUGACGUGAGAACAGCAUGAGGUACUCAGUCUAACCCCCCACCCCGGGUGGUGUCAUGCUACAGUCUGUGGGGGUCUGUGUGUGUUUACCCAUAAUCCUUUCUGUGAAAGGACCCCCCUCCCCCACUAAGAAAAGGUAUGUUGUUGUUUUUAAAAAUAUUUGUAAUAAUGUUCCGCUCGGUGCCUUCUGGGUCCUAAUGUUAUCAAUAUCCAAUAAAGAAAGAAAAAGGUACAAACAUGGA